GUAAUCGUACUCAUUGGCCCACAGGAGAACAAUGUUGAAGCUUGCCUGCCUUUGGAUUUCACACAGGACCAAUACGACAAGGAGGACACCAAGUUGGUGGUAGCGUUGUCAGUCACCAUGGGUCUGUUUGCUAUAGAGCUGGCUGGCUUCUUCUCUGGUGUGUCUAUGUUCAACUGCACCCAGGGCCUCCUCUCGUUGGCUGUCCACUGCAGCGCCUCCGUCUCCCUGUCUUUCUUUGUCUUCCAGAGAUGGGAGUGUUGGACAUACUGGGUUAUUUUUGCCUUCUGCAGUGUUCUCCCUGCUUUUGUGGAGAUCCUACUCUUCAUCGCAGUGUUCGGACUGAAGAAGAAGCCAUUAUAACCGAGAGCAGUGUUUCACAUCAAUGUUCAGUCUGGAAUGUAGUGUCCAUCCUUCCCAGCACUUGUCCACAGCUGUCCAAGUGUGUGACACAUUGUGACUGUUCAAUAGUGUCAAGGAGACAUAGUUGAUGUUAGUGAUGCGGGAUGGUGAUCGUAGUGAUAAAGACUACAGAGCUGGUUAAGAUGUGGGUGGUCUAAGCUGCAGCAACCGAUACAGUGACAGCAUAGGUUCGAAUCUGGCCUUCUGACUUUUGACACAGCCUUUAUAUAUCCAUCAAUAGUCAGAUUAUUUAAUUUAUUUAUUUUAAGCUGUGGUGUGUGUUUCAGGAUUGUGGGCCUUGUAGAUGGAAACUGUAUGUACCAAGGCAGAGAGGACGAUUUCUAAACUCCAGCGUAUUGAUCCUAAUUGCUAAGCUGAAUGUAUAGACACAAGUAACCAUAUUUCUCUUCACCAU